CCUCUAAACCCAACACUGUCACACCUAAAAGUUCUCUAUUCAAGUCCCCAAAGCCUUCUCCUAGUACAAGUUACAGUAAGGUUGAGAUCUCCCCUGCUCAUUCUGCUGGAGAAGGGACUUCAGCUGCAGAAGGAAAGUUUAGAGGGAGUUUGGGGUAAUAUGUUUGAGGGCAGUGGGAAAGGGAAGGAGAGGAGUGAGAAGAGGAAGUCAGGGAAGGCCAGUACUUGGAAUGGAGUGAAGUCUACAGUGGGGAAAUAAGAGUUAUGUUUUUCAUACUGAGGAGCUUGAAAGCCAUGGUGUUAUUGGGAGGAGGAGAUAUUUUGUUCAGAAUUUACAAAAGUCUUUUGUAAGCAUUUGAAUAGUCGGGUUGAUAAUGGCGUAUUGAAUGUUUACUUUCGUUAUGACUGCUGCUGAUAAAGAUACUGGUAAAACUUCUAUUAUGGUAAUGUAUCACUUCAUAGAGGUAAUAUUUAUUGUCUGCUUUGUGCUAGAACUAUUGGUCAAUAAAUAUGCUUUCAGAGAUCUUUACUUUCAAAAUAAGUUUAAUCUAGUCAAUCUUGUACUAGUAGGAGCCAUUAUAGUAUUCUGGUUAGGAGACAUAUUUAUUGAUGAAUACUCAGUCAGCAUCAUUCUCAGAGUGAGAGGAUGUCUGAGGCUCUUCCAUAUCCCAAUAAUACUGAGCAAUAUUCAGACACGAACAAAUACCAAGGAGGACUUUAGUAUGAUAGAUUUUGAUUUUUCAGAUUCAGAUAAGCCAAAUUCAGAGAAGAUUAUUGACAUUUUGAUGCAAAUAGGUGAUACUUUAGAAGACCCAAAGUCUUAUAAUGAUAUUCAUUACUGCAUCAAACAUAUUGCUAGUGGAACUCUAGAUAAGAUUGGUGUCAAAGAUUCUCAAUCCCAAGAGGUUGGGUCUUUGAGAAAGAGAAGAGGAGCCAUUCUCCAGAUGGAAGAACAGGCUUGGAUUAAAUCAUGUACUAAUUUGGUCAAAAUUAAAAGAGGAUCUGAGAAUGCAGGGGGAAUUGUGCUCAAGACUCUUGAAAAUCAGAAAAGUCUUAAAUCUUGUCUCGAUCUUGACUUCGAUCACAUUAAAUUAAUGGAGGACCUUGAUACCUUUGAGUUUGAUAUUUUUGAUUUUAAAGAGAAAUCGAAAAAUAGAGAGCUUACAACAAUUACUUCUUGUCUACUCCACAAGCAUUCUUUGUAUUCAAGUUUUAAGAUUCAUGUUGAAGAGUACUUUCUUUUCAUGGAUAAGAUCUCAUCUGGGUACAAAGAGGAAGUGAAGUACCAUAAUGCUACACAUGCUGCAGAUCUUUGACAGACUCUUUAUACCUUCAUAAUGAAUGGAGAUUGGAUAUCUAAAGGUGAUCUUGAGAAUAUUGAUUUAUUCUCAAUGAUACUAGGUGCAGCAGUGCAUGAUCAUGAACACCCUGGGUUUAAUAAUCAAUAUUUGAUAAAUACCUCAGAUCCGUUAGCAGUGAGGUAUAAUGAUAUAUCAGUUCUUGAAAAUCAUCACAUUGCUUCUUCACUAGCACUUAUGAACACAGCAAAUUAUGAUAUUCUCAGAAGAUCAGAUAAAGACGAUAGAGUUGAAAUUAAAUAAAAGAAUGAUUCAUAUUGUGCUAUCUACAGACAUGAGCAAACAUUUCUCAGACAUGGGUUUAUUCAAGUCAAAAUGGGCAUCUAACACUCUUGAGCCAGAUGAUAAGGAUAAGUUGCUCUGAAUGGGAAUUGGAUGCCAUCUAGCGGAUAUUAGUAACCCAAGCAAGCCUUGGGAUCUCACUCUGAAAUGGACAGAGCUGCUUUUUGAAGAGUUCUUUCAUCAAGGAGAUAAAGAGAAAGAGCUAGGAAUUCAAGUGAGUGAUCUGAUGGAUAGAUGAUGAGUUAAUAUAGCCAAAGCUCAACUCGGAUUCAUUGAUGUUAUUGUCAAACCCACUUUUGAAGCAUUUUCCAAAUUAUUGAAAUGACUUGAUAAGAACCUUCAAAACAUUGAUAGGAAUAGAGAAAAUUGGAGUCAAAAGGUAGAUGAAUAUCAACAAAGAAUGAUUUCUGAAGCUGAUAAAGCCAGAAGCGAUAUCAGAAUAAUUGAAGAAGCAAAAUCAGAAAGCGAGGAGGAUGAUAGCCAUACUCACAAACUAUCUAAUCUGGAAUCAUCAAUAGAUCCCUCAAGUUUCUCGGACUCACAAUCACACAUUGCUGCAGAAUUGUUUAAAAAGGGGUCUGAAGUGAAAGCUAAAAAUCAUAGGAACAAGAAGAUACCCAGAAAUUCGAAAAAGUCAUUAAGCCUAUCAGACUUUGAGUAAUUCCUCUCAUAAAUAUUAUCUCUCAACAUCUACA